AUACUAAACAAUGUUUAGCAGGACGUGACGUAAUCAGAAGUGAGGUCACAGGAACUGAAAAACAUAUACAACAAAGAUGGCGGCCACCAGUGAGGCAGUGGUGAAUCCAGCACACGUGGACAAAACGAAGAAGCCCCCUGCUCGAUACUGGGAUGAGCCGCAGGAGGGAAAGGAUGAAAACAAAGUUGGAAAAGAUGGAGAACAGACUGGAGAGACUCUGCCACAGAAACACGUCGAGAAAGCAAAGAAAAGAAAGAACGAUGAGGAUCGAGGAGAUGCAAAGAAGUUCAUCUCAGGGAAACCUGACCCUUUCCCUGGGCCUGCACACAUUUCUAAAGACAGGAUGCAGAAGUUCAAGAGGAGAGAUAAAACUAAGAAGAUUCCCCGGCAGCAUUACAAGCUGAAAGACAUGAUGGCUCGCUCUGAUGAAGUUUCGGAAAUGGCCCAGAAGCAAGCUGCUCGGAUUGACCUCCUACUCCCAGAGGAUGCUGGGUUUCUAGAAGGAGAUGAAGAUGAGGACACGUGCACAAUCUCUCAGGAAGAUAUUUCAGAUGCUGUUGAUAUAACCUCUGCGUCAAAGUAUUUUGAUCUGAAACUGUCUCAGUUUGGACCAUAUCGACUGGAUUACAGCAGGACUGGACGACAUCUGCUGCUCGGUGGAAGGAGAGGCCAUAUUGCUUGUAUAGACUGGCAGACCAAACGGCUAAUGUGUGAGAUAAACGUGAUGGAGUCCAUCAAUGAUGUAAAGUGGCUCCACAGUGAGGCCAUGUAUGCGGUGGCUCAGAAGAAGUGGCUCUAUAUCUACGACUCCAAUGGCAUCGAGCUCCACUGCAUCCGCAAAUUUAACGACGUCCUUCGAAUGCAGUUCCUCCCAUACCACUUUUUGCUAGCAACAGUGAGUGCCACAAGCUUCCUGCAGUACCUGGAUGUGUCUGUUGGAAAGGAAGUGGCAGCCAUCAACACCAAGACUGGCCGGCUGGACGUGAUGUGCCAGAACCCUCAAAAUGCCAUCGUCCACCUCGGCCACUCCAACGGCACAGUCACCCUGUGGUCGCCCAAUCAGAAAGAAGCUCUCGUCAAGAUGCUCUGUCACCAGGGGGCCGUGCGCUCUGUGGCUGUAGACAAGACGGGUGCGGGAGAGCCCAACUUCGACGGUCUGGAUUCAAAUCCAUAUCGCAGUGCUAAGCAGAGGCAGGAAUGGGAGGUUAAGGCCCUGCUGGAGAAGAUCCACCCAGAGCUCAUCACCCUCGACCCCACUGAGCUGGGACAGGUUGACCAAGCCACAUUCCAGCAGAAGCACCAAGACAGGGUCCAAGCUCUGGGCUUUGAUCCACUUGCCAAAGAAAAGUUUGUUCCCAGGUAUAAGAAGAAGGGUCGUAGUUCUGCCGGCAGUAUUGAAAGGCGCAAGAGACAAGUGGCUAAUGAGGACCUGAGGGAGACAGUACAGCAAUCUUCAGAGGACAAAAUGAAGAUUGAAAAAGAGAGAAAGGAGAGGGAGAAGAAGGAGGUGUUGUUAUCGAGCAAGAAAUCUGCUCUGGACAGAUUCAAAAAAUAAAAAAGGCGGAUCCUUUGUGCAACCCAAAACCCAGUGACAUUCUGUGGGCGUGACCUUUGAACUUUACAUAAAGGACAAAUUGUAUUGUACACAUUACUCCACCGUGGGAACAGAUCACGAGCUGUAGAAAUUCUGGAGGCAGUCAGCUUAAUAAAAACAAAUUCUGUUGAAUGGCACAUCAUCAGUAAUCAAUGUUGAGCACAGUGAAAGGGUAGUUCUAUUUAGUGUCUUUAGCCUGAAGCACUUCCUGUCUACAUGGCUGGAUAAUGUGAGUUGCCAUGACUAGCAUGGGUGUCAGCAAGAAUUUGUGUCAAGUUGUAUACUUCUCCUGAUUAACACAUUUUUCACAAAUGUUUGACCUUCAUUGCUUUGAAGGCUGAACUGUAUGAGCGUUUGUCAAAUGUUUUAUAUAAAUAUGUUCUAAAAAAUAAACAACAUGAUGCCAAGCCUCUAAAUUCAGUGUCGCUGGAGAUUAUGUCUGACUUUAAAAUGUGCCAUUCUGCUUAAAAUGUUUUCAGAAUGCAUUCUUCUUUAUUCAUAUUGAGUCCCUCCCAAAUUCUUCUGCAGCUGUAUUUAGGCAAAGUCUGACCUACAGUCACUAUUGGCAGCAAAAGCAACAUACAAAAGAAAUCUUGGGAAAGGACAAGAAUGCAUGAAAUUUCAUUUAAGGUUGUUGGAGUACACAUGUGGACCUUGGGUAUACAGUAAUUGCUCAAGCAAAGUAUUGUCACAACCAAACCUUCUCUGUUAAACAAUCAGUAGUGAAUUAAAAUGAUAUCUGAGUAGGCUAGAUUUUUAGAGUUUUUCAUUCUCUGAACAAGGAGAAUUUCUCAGUAACUUGCUCUGAAUUACUUGUAAUGUGGUCGUUAAAAGUGACUAACAAUCCCUGUUCCUCUGUGUGACAUCAUUGUUCCCCCUAAUAGUCAGUGAGAAGUUGAUGACAACUGAUGUCUAUCGUGUUGGAUUUACAGCAGGGGUGUCAGAACUCAAUUUGUUUACAUUUUGUAUCAAAGCUGAAGUCUGAAGUGAAAA